AUCAGUUCGGUGAGGAAGGCGGAUCCUCUGACGUCGCCGUGAAGCUGCUCGGCUGCGUCAGAGUCCAGCUGAGCGAAGGAAGAAGGAAACAAGGAAUAAAAGGGAAAGCGGGUCUGAAGGGCUGGGGAGAGCGGACGGACUGUGUCAGGGAGACAGACCUGUGUCGUGCACACCGCGGACGGACGGACGGACAGACGGACAGACAUGGAGAGCUCCACGGAGGAAGAAUACAAAGAGAAAUUAUUAUGGAACGUUAAACGCGAGGUGAAGCAGAUCAUGGAGGAAGCAGUGACUAAGAAAUUUGUACACGAAGACAGCAGCCACAUCAUUGCUCUGUGCACUGCUAUUGAGGCCUGCCUGAGUCACUUGCUGAAGAGACGGGCAGCUGGUUUUCUCCGCAGCGACAAGAUCGCCGCCCUCUUCACCAAAGUCGGCAAAGUCUACGAUACUGCUGGCGAGGUUUGCCGUAAGGUGCAGGAGCAACUCCAGCAGCAGGGUGAUCUCACCAGGAGAAGCCAGAGUGUGGGCCAUGAACCUCUGAGAAGACAGGGCUCCUCCACAACCAGCCGCCCCCCUCAGCCCCUCUCUGCCCAGGCCAUCAAACACAUCUGGGUCAGAACGGCUCUUUUUGAGAAAGUUCUGGACAAGAUAGUUCAGUACAUAGUGGACAACUCCAGUAAAUACUAUGAGAGGGAAGCUCUGAUGCACGACUUAGUCUUCGGGCCCAUCUUGGCAGUCCUACUGGUUGGGCCUUGUGCUCUAGAAUACACCAAACUGAAGACGUCAGAUCAUUUCUGGACUGACCCUUCAGCCAACGAGCUAGUUCAGCGCCACCGCAUCCACGGGGCCCACCGGGGCCAGGACACAUCGGCCGGCCGCCGGCCUGCUCUGGGGAUCCGCAAGAGGCAGUCCAGUGGCAGCAUGUCAGAUGACAGGUUUGCUGCAUCAGCAAGAGAGUAUGUGGAGUCUCUUCACCAAAACUCCAGAACGCACCUUCUCUACGGCAAAAACAACGUCCUGGUACAACCGAAGAAGGACAUGGAGGUGUUGCGGGGCUACUUCUCACUCCAUCAAGCUGGCGAUGACCUCACCCUCAAGUGGACACCCAACAAGCUCAUCAACGGCACGCUGGGAGACUGUGACCUGGAGAAGAGUAUCUACUGGGACUAUGCACUGACGGUCCCGCUGCGCCAGAUAGUCUGUAUCCACUGUCACCAACGGCCUGAUUGUGGUGGUACACUGGUUCUGGUUAGUCAGGAUGGAAUCCAGCGGCCGCCUCUCCACUUCCCCCCUGGUGGUCAUCUCCUGGCCUUCCUCGCCUGUCUGGAAACAGGCCUUUUACCGCGGGGUCAGCUGGAGCCCCCCCUCUGGUCCCAGAAAGGCAAGGGGAAAGUGUUCCCUAAACUGAAGAAGAGGAGCAGUACUGCCAGGCUCAUCGACCAGGACAGGAACGGUGAGGAGCCCACAGCUGCUGACUACGUGUUUCGCAUCGUCUAUCCUGGGUACCGCUACGACGCCACAGUCACUAUAAACUACCACCACACCACGGGCAGCCGCGCUCCGUCGCUGGACGACGACGAGGAAGAGGAAGAUAGGCUCCAUGCUAUGAUCUCAAUGAUCUGCUCGCGGAACCUCACAGACCCUAAUAUCAUGAAAGACCACGGGGAGAUGUUGGAGAUGCAGGGUUUUGGAGGCAGCCCGUCGUCGUGGCAACAGGCCGGAGUACCCACUCUGGAAUCACAGUGCCAGUCCUGCUCCACGGCUGGCAGCAACGUGUCGUUCGACUACCCGGCCGGCUGUACCUGCAUACACGACCCACUAGACAUUCACACAAUUCCUCUUAAGAUGCUUUGCCAGAACAUGAAGAGGCAGAUAGUCUCCAGAGCCUUUUAUGGAUGGCUGGCCUACUGUCGACACCUGUCCACUGUGCGGACUCACCUGUCAGCUCUAGUCAACCACAACAUCGUCCCUCCAGACAGACCCUGCGAGGCGUCCGGGGGCCUCAGCAAGGAGGUGUGGAGCAAGUACCAGAAAGACUGCAAGAACUAUAAGGAGCUGGAGCUGCUAAGGCUGGUUUAUUAUGGUGGGGUGCAACAUGACAUAAGGAAGGAGGUCUGGCCUUUCCUGCUGGGGCACUACAAGUUUGGCAUGGGCAAAAAGGACAUGAGCCAGAUUGAUGUAAAGAUCAGUGAGCGUUACCAGCAUGUGAUGCGGGAGUGGAAGGCCUGUGAGGUGAUUGUCAAGCAGAGGGAAAAGGAGAUGCAGUCGGCCAUCUUUGCCAAGCUGUCGUCAGGCAGCAGCAUCGACAGUCACGUCCUGCGACUCGUUCACAGAGACUCCACACUCAGCAAUGAGGUGUUUAUGUCUGUGGAUGAGCCGGAUGCAGGGAGCCAGGAGACCCCCAGUGGAGAGGACAGCACCCCCACCAUGACCACCCUGGUUCCCCCUGCAGCCCUCCCCCCAGAGGAGCGACCUCUGGUGGAGUUUGACUCCCCUGACUCGGGUCUCCCUUCCUCCAGAAACUACUCAGUGACCUCUGCUCAUUCCCAGAUCCUGUCCAGCAUAGACGACGGUCAAAGCACAGAGGAGGAAGGGGGGGGCGGGGAGGAGGGCAGGACUUCGGGUGUGCUGGGGCGGCGUCAGGACUCUCUCACUGAGGACCGGCUGUGCAGUCAGCUGGACAAACUGGUGACCAAUGGAGCAGCUGCGGAGGCGAUAUCCCCUUCACUCUCCUCAUAUACGAUCGAGCUGUUGGACACAGUCGCCCUCAACCUCCACAGGAUAGACAAAGAUGUGCAGCGCUGCGACCGCAACUACUAUUACUUCACCACAGCCAACCUGGAGAAACUACGCAACAUCAUGUGCAGCUAUGUGUGGGAGCAUUUAGAGAUGGGCUACGUUCAGGGCAUGUGUGACCUGCUCGCACCGCUCAUGGUCAUCCUGGAUGAUGAGUGCCUGGCGUACAGUUGUUUCACUCAGCUAAUGAAGAGGAUGAGUCAGAACUUCCCUAAUGGCGGAGCCAUGGACACACACUUCGCCAACAUGAGGUCACUGAUCCAGAUCCUGGACUCUGAGCUGUUUGAACUGAUGCAGCAGAAUGGAGAUUACACUCACUUCUACUUCUGUUACCGUUGGUUCCUGCUGGACUUCAAGAGAGAGCUCUUGUACGAGGAUGUGUUUGCCGUGUGGGAGGUGAUCUGGGUGGCUCCCAGGAUUUCCUCGCAGCACUUUGUCCUCUUCCUGGCCUUGGCCCUGGUCACAGUCUACCGUGAGAUCAUCGUGGACAACAACAUGGACUUCACUGACAUCAUUAAGUUCUUCAAUGAGAUGGCUGAGCGUCAUGAUGUCCAACAUAUCUUGAAAAUAGCACGUGAGCUGGUGCACAAAGUUCAGUCUCUGAUGGACAACAAGUGACUAUAGAUGGAGAGAAGGAGGAUGAAUGGUGAGGAUGCAGAGGACGACUGUCUGACUACAAGACACCCAGCUCUUCCUCUCAUCCCUCAGAGAAACAGUGUUUCCAGGCCUUCACCUAUCUAAAGCAGGUCCAGGGAGUCCAGGUCUAUUCCCUGCCCAGAUGAAGGCCCUGGAAGUGUGCCAGGAGCGCUGCUGGAGCGGCCUGGCUCCGGAGCGGCCUGGCUCCGGAGCUCGGCCUCAAUCUGUUUACAUUUACCUUCACAUGGAAUGCCCAUGGUGUCCGUACAGACAUGUGGAUUUGUCUGCAUGCUUGUGAGUUUGAUCACACUGUGAACAUAUUCUUGAGUCUCCCCAGUCCUAUAGAGGUUGUGUGCGUGCAUGAAAACACACACACACACACACAUUCUCACACACUCCGAAAAAACAUUGGUUCUAUCACUACUUCAUUAGUAUCACUCCUUUCCUAACUCUGAACCAAACAUUUUGGAUGCUUGUCUGGAAGGCUUCAGCGUUCUUUGUUUGACAGAUUCCUCCAUGCAAUGCCAGUGGAGGCCACAAGAGUCCAGGAUUUACAUACAACAUUGUCAGAGGAGCCACCGAGUUUUCAUUAGUGACCAAAUGGACUGUGCCAACUACCUUUUCAUGAGUGUUUUCUACAACAAGCAUGUGUUUUUACCCCCCUUUUUCUUUUUGUCCAAGA